AUGUAUAAUUUGAGCGAAAACUACUAUUUAAGAAAAUGUUUCCUUCAACGAGAUCAGGUGCCGACUCAAAGUAUGAUGAAAAAGAAAAUGAGUCCUGCUCUUGCGGAUGUAUAUUUCAAGUCAAUGAAUUCGAAACUGAAGCGCAUUGCAGGUCUGGAACCUUCACUCAAGGGCGGAGGAAAUGAUUGGUACGUUCCACCCGAAGAAUUACUAAAGGGGCGAGCUGUGCUAAAACCGGUAAAAAAAAGCGUACUGACGAAACUGAACCAUCACGGCAUCGAGAAUAUUGGGCAUAUGUUAUAUAAGACACAUCGGAAGGUAUUAAAUGCUGAAAUGCAGAAAGCCAUUCUGGAAAAUGACAAACAGUGGAGACAGACUGUUACAGAUAUGUACAACGAGGAAUGGGAAAACCUUGCAAGACAAGAGAGAAGGAUUAAUAGUAAACUAGUACUAAACGAUUUUGAGUCCUUUACUACUUUGUACAGACAAUCAUUUAAUAGAAUUGAAUCUUUUUUCCACGAGACAGUCAUAGCAGACUUGAAUAACGUUAAAGCAAAUGCUCAGCAAAUAAUGCAAGACAACUACAAAGAAAAAUUAAAAUAUCAAGCAAUUUCCAUCACCGAUGAAUAUGAUAAAAAAUUGAUGGAAGAGAAAGCUAGACUUAAAGCAAAAUUCAUACUAGACGUAGAAAAUUGUCGCACUCACUUGGGCAACCAAAUUCAUGACAUUAAUUUAGAAAAACAAACAGCCAUAGAAACUUUAAAGAACUAUUUAAAACAAUUAAACUUAGCUUGUCAAGUUUAUGUCGCUAUUAAAGAACGUGACGAAUGCUUGAAAGAACGAACGAAAGCAGAAUAUAAGCAUCGGGGAGUCACUAAAACAAUGACUGAUACAAUAGCACUACAAAAUUUUGAAAUUGCCUUUCAUAAGCAAAGAGAAAGUGCACUCCAGGAACACAUUAACUACUGGAAGAAGAAGCUCUUCUGCAUGAUAAAACACUUCCAAGCGUUUGUGUCAUAUUCUCUGAAUACUGUCCCCGAAAAUGCUGAAUUUUUUAUCAAUUUGGAAAAAUUGAUGUUGUUACAAAUAAACCAAGCGCUCGAACAACCUUCUAAUAUAAGUAUAUUUGAAACUGAAGAAGAAGAAGAAACAUUUCAUGAUCCAGUACCACAGCCAAAGCCUUUCUAUCUGUUCUGUGACAAAGGUUAUAAGGUCAAAGUAGAUCACGGUUUGUGUCCAAAACAUAGUGGUACGGGUAGUGCUCCGCUGUUGCCUGCAGUUAUUGUCAACAAACGAUGUCUCUAUGCGGCCUGCGAUAACUUUGAUCAGUUUACAUCUAGGAUUAAAGAAUAUAUUUACGGUUAUCCUGGAGACGACUCGAUUGUUCAAGAUGAUCUGGUUUAUGAGAAUUUUGUACCUGUAAGGUACACAUCAUCACAAAAGUUAAAUGAGUUAAAACUGGAAAGUUCUAUAAUGCAAAUAGUGCAACAAGAAAUUUAUGAUUUACAGAAUCAAUAUUCGGCAAAGAAGUCUGAAUCAUGCAUAUUUUGUAAAAUGCGCACUUGUUCAUGUACUUUGCGUGACAGUGCGUCGGCACUCAGAAAGACAACCAAACAGACUACUCGGGUGGUCCAUCCAGAUCAAGUAAAAUCUAUAGAACCAUCGAAUGAAAAAAUUACACCAAUGGUCAGAGAUUCCGAAUUGUCCCACGAAAGGGAACCUAAAUGGGAAAGCUUUCUUUCCUACAUAGAGCCUAAUAAAUGUGCUUGUUUGAAAAAGAAAUACAUAGUAAAUUCUUUGCCUUCCUACAUGACAAAAAUGAAGUACGGGCCGCCCUUGACACUGGACUAUAAGAUCUGUCCGCUUGCAAAAUUAAAGGAAUUAGUAAAAAAAGCAAGGAAAGGUGCUCCUACUCGGCUUGUGACAGAGCCAGCUCCGUCUACAAAGAAAUGCGCAAGUACUCAGUACUACGAUGAAGAAUAUAAUAGCUUGUGCAAUUGUUUCGCUGACAUCACGGACGGUCGGACUAAGGGGACUAACAAAAACGAGAUCUGGAAUCUUGAGACUAAGGCAGAUCUUACUCGGUUCGUAGAAGUCUCUGGGAAAUCAUCGUCAUCAUCAGAAGACAGCAGUUUAGUUGCACAAGCUAGAGCCCACUCUUUGAGAAGUCUCCUCGAAAAGCUACCAGAUCUUAAAUCUCUAUUCCCAGCAGACUAA